AUGAAUACCUUUUUGUCAGACAGUUUCGAGUUGCAGGAAGUGACUCGGGACGAUCUAACCAUCGCAUCACUAUGCUGGGNNGGUACGAAGGAUUCGUUAUGGAAAGCCAUGAAGCAAUCUACGGCUAUGUACAAGCGAUAUGGCCUUCGUAGGCUGAGCAAUGCGUACUUGUGGAUGAUUUGGGCGGAGAUCACCGUCUGCCUUGCCUUCAGUAUUGCUUGUUGGCUAUAUCUUAGAGGCAUUAUUGCUCCCAGGUAUGAAGCCAAUCAUGAAAAGUCAUCCUAUUAUCCUAAUGAGUCAUUGUUANGCUUCGCUUUCUACUUUAGCAUCUUGACGUUAUGGGCUCUGCAAGUUCAGUUCCUGCUCCAGAUUAUCAUCAAUCGUGUUGGCGUGCUUAUGCUGGACCGCAAGAGGGCAAGAAAUCUCAAGUAUGGUGUCGCUGUCCUCAUCACGCUCAUCAAUAUAUCUGUAUAUUGCAUCUGGGUUCCGGCAAGACUGCAGACCAACGAGACGUAUAUCAAGAUCAACGCCAUAUGGGACAGAUGCGAGAAGAUUAUUUACCUUAUCGUGGAUGCUGCACUCAACUACUUGUUCGUGCGCGUCGUUCGCCGUAAUCUUGUCAAGCCUGGCCUGAAGAAGUACGAGAGCUUGGUCAGGUUCAACCUGUACAUUAUUGGCUUCUCUUUGGCAAUGGACAUUCUCAUAAUCGCUAUGAUGUCCCUGAAGAACUCUUUUAUUGUGAAGCUCAACAUCGAGAUGACAAUGUCGGAACUCAUCUCCAAAGUUGCAAGAGCUCAGAAUAACCCACAUGGUGCUGUCAUGCCGAGCACUAGCACUGGAGACCACUCGGGAGGACGAUCCCGCAUGACCAGAACCGUGGACGACAAGACUCUGACUCAAUCAAAGAUCCAUGCUUUCACCGGCCGCUCGGAAGAUAUGGAGAUGGGCAUACUCGAGAAUACAGGCCCGCCACACAACAACAAUCUCCACACGCAGAUUGAAGCGGACAAUUCUUCGACUGACGGCUCUGACCGCGAUGAUGAGUCAAUCAACAAGGCAACUGGCUUCGUGGUUCGAAGGAAGCAAGAGUUCCAUGUUCGGGUGGAGCAGGCAACACCAUCACCGGAUGCCGACUUAGACAGACAAUUGGACGACGGAGGCAUAGAAUCGUCAAAAGAAGGUGUGGAUCAGAAGAAGACACAACAAUGGGCUUCAUAUUAG